AAAAAUGAUAAGAUGGUUGCUGCUGAUGUAUCUUGGCAUAACUUGUCAAGGUGUUACAGACAUUCAUUCGAGAAAUUUGACAAAUUCGUUGAAAGUCAUUUACGAAUGGAAAUAUAUUGAUUACGAUUUCGGUAGUGACGAAAAGAGACAAGCUGCCAUUCAAUCAGGCGAUUACAAUUAUACAAUGAAUUAUCUUUUGGACACCGAUCAAUGGGGUGAUAAAACUUUUGUCAUUAUAAUGAAAUUUAAUGGUGUGCCCUCUUCUUUGAAUGUGAUAACUAAUAAAACUGGCAACGGUGGACCUCUUCUGGCACCGUAUCCUGAUUGGACGUGGGCGAAAAAUGAAAAUUGCUCUGGCAUCACGAGUGCUUACAAGAUUGAGAUCGAUAUGUGUGACAGAUUGUGGGUCCUCGAUUCAGGUCUCAUCAAUAAUGUCCGAUCCGUAUGCCCUCCACAACUCCUUGUCUUCGAUCUGAAUACUUCACAAUUGUUAAAGCAAGUCAAAAUACCGCACGACAUUGCUGUGAAUACCACCACAGAAAAAGGAGCUCUGGUGACUCUAAGUGUUCAAUUGUUGAGUUGCGAAGUGAAUGGAUCCACUCUUGUGUACAUAGGAGACAACGAAGGUUUCGCUUUAAUUAUCUACAACAAUUCAGAUAAUUCUUUCCAACGAUUGACUUCGAGUACCUUCGCAAGUGAUCCUAGAUAUACCACAUUCACGAUCAACGGAGAGAGCUUCACAUUGCAAAGUGGAAUUUUUGGAAUGGCACUAAGUCCUCUGACUCAAAAUCUUUAUUAUAGCGCUCUGAGUUCUCAUAACUUGAAUUAUGUCAACACGGAACAGUUCGUAAAAUCACAAUAUCAGGCGAAUAACGUGCAUUAUCAAGGGAAAGAAAAUAUUUUAUGGACUCAAGCAUCGGCUAAAGGAAUAUCGGAUAAUGGUGUUCUCUUCUUCGGACUUGUGGGUGAUACAUCUCUUGCCUGCUGGAACGAGAAUCGAUUACUUGACAGAAGAAAUAUCGAAGUGGUUGCCAAAAAUAAAGAAACUCUUCAAGCUAUUACUGGUCUUAAAGUUAAAAGAAGAAUCUCGUUCAUUCUUGUGCAUGGAUUUCCUCUUGAAUAUGAAUAUGUAUUGGCUGUAAGUAACAGAAUACAAAAAGUAAUCUACGGUUUUGAUUUCAAUGACGUGAAUUUUCGAAUUUUAAUCGCGAAUGUGAACGACUUGAUAAAGAAUACUCGUUGCAUAUCUCCUUGAAUCAAUCCUAUCUCGAUAUAAAUCAACUUAUCCUAUAAUCUGUAUAUAUAUAGAAUAAACAAAUUCUAACG